AUGCCCGAGCCAGCCAAGUCCGCCCCAGCGCCCAAGAAGGGCUCCAAGAAAGCCGUCACCAAGGUUCAGAAGAAGGACGGCAAGAAGCGGAGGAAGAGCAGGAAGGAGAGCUAUGCCAUCUACGUCUACAAGGUGCUGAAGCAGGUCCACCCCGACACCGGCAUCUCCUCCAAGGCCAUGGGCAUCAUGAACUCCUUCGUCAACGACAUCUUCGAGCGCAUCGCAGGGGAAGCCUCCCGCCUGGCUCACUACAACAAGCGCUCCACCAUCACCUCCCGGGAGAUCCAGACCGCCGUGCGCCUGCUGCUGCCCGGAGAGCUGGCCAAGCACGCCGUCUCCGAGGGCACCAAGGCCGUCACCAAGUACACCAGCGCCAAGUGA